AUGAGCUGGGCAGAAGUGGAAAAUGGCAGUGUUGAUCUGGAAGAGAAUCCUGAUCCAGAAGAAGACGCUGACUUGCCACAGCGGCAGCAUCAGGGAGGUGGUGACUUGGGGUUUCGGGGUGAGGAGGAAGAUCCGGAGGAAGAUUUGGCAAUGUCACAAGAAGCUGUAGGUAAUGUUGAUGCUCAAAGCGAAGAAGUGAAUGGACAGUUGUUGAACACUGGAAACAGUGACUUAAACACACUCUCUGUUACUUCUGAUCAUCGAUUUAAUUCGCCGAACACAGCUUUACCGAAUGUACAUCAUAAUGGCCUAAAUGAGGUUUCUGCUUCCUUGCAGAGUCCUAGCAUCAGAUCUGUUGUUUUAGAUGAGGACAGUUUUGAGCAAGACGAUGAGACAGCGGCUCCAGAAUGUGAGAAUAAUGUGAAUCAUGAUGCUUGCAGUGAGAGUGACCGCCAGUUGCUGGAGUUGGAAGUGGUGAGACCUGAUCAGAAAUUCAGUAAUCCACAACAGGCUGCCUAUGGUGCGGUUAAAUUACAUAAUUCAGAGCACCAUGGUUCUGAACAUGAACAGAAAGGUCAUGAUUUAACAUUGACAGCAGAAUCUGUUAGCACUGGUGCACGGUCAGAGCUACUUUUGGAGAGACCAGGUACUUUUUCAGGAAAUGUUGAAAUUUCACAUCAUUUUGAUGAUGCCCCAGAAGCAGAAAUUGGUAUUUUGAAUCCAGGCAGAGGAUCAUGUCCAUAUGAAGAAGAAGAUAAUAUCAGUUUUUGCUUGCAGCAAGAAAGAUCAGACAUUUCACAAUUGAAUACAUCUGUACAGGACGGUUGUGAACAGUCUGAAGCAAUGGUUGUUAAUUUAGAGGUUAGAAAUAUAGUUAACAUUCCAGGACAUGAGAGCAGUGAAUUCACUAACAGCAGUUCUGAUCAUGACUUGCAGACACCAGAAUGCGAUAGGCAGGCAGACUCUUCUUCUCCUCAGUUUUCCAAUGCCAACCAACAAAUAUGCUUUACUUCCCAACCAAAUUCAGCACAAGUGCCCUGUGAUAAUAACUUAGCCGACUCACAGAUUAUAGCAAACCAAGAAACUGAAAGCAAUGAACGAGUUUCUGAUGAUCCCAUACUGCAUACUACAGAAUCUGAACUAUGUGGUGAUAGAGAUUUAUCCACGUAUGAAUCAAAUCCUGCCAACUGUAAUGAUACAAAACCAUCCUGUGUGUGUGGGAAUAAUGUAGAUGCUUCUGAUAUAGUAUUAGUUUGUAAAGAUGAAGUGCAUGUUGGAGAUACGCUUUUAGAACAUUCUGGUUCAUGCUAUCCUGAAAGCUAUUUAACUGACUCUUCAGACAGUAGUUCAAGAAGUAAUCCAAAUCUGCAAGUUAGUGCAGAUCCUUCAAACUCUGUGAAGACUCCUGGUGCAGUUAUUCUGAAGGAUCAUCAGACCAAAGUUCAGCAGACAUCUGCAACAAGUGGGAUCACAACGAAUGCGAGUGAUAAUGCAUUAAAUUCAUCAAUAUCUAAGCAUGAAGCAGAUAGUUUAAGCACUGCAGCAUUAUCAGUGCCAUCAUCUGUUGAUCAUCAGAAUGCCAAAGAUCCUAGUAGUUUAGUCACAAAUCUCAACAGUCACCUGCAGCUCUCAAGUUCUGUUUCUCAGGACUCUCCCAGAAAGGCAUCACAGCAUUCUCCCUCACCCGCUCAAGUUGUGUCACAAACUGUUGCUGCAGAUAGCAGUAUAGAGAGACAACUGGCAUUAGCUUUACAGAGCGAUGAUGAAGAUGAACUGCUGCAUGAGCUGGAUGCAGAGCUGCUUGCUCACGUAUCACGAACCAAAUCUCCACAGAGGGUGAACUGCAAUCACUUGUCAACAAUAUCAGACACAGAUCUUGAACAGACUGCUAAUGGCCUGCAACUGUUGCUAGACUUCAAGCAGAUGCAGGAGCAUAACAGGCAGCUUCUUGAGCAGCUGAGAAUACGUGAUGAAGAAAUUCAGAGACUAGCACAUGAAAGAGACUCUGCUAAAGAAUCACUUAAUCAGGUUCAGACUCAAGUAGAUGAACAACAAAAGUUACAAAUGCAGAAAGCUGAUGAAGUUUAUUCACCACAGAUUAAGAAGCUAGAAAACACAAUAGCUCAGCAGCAAGAAGAAAUAAAGGCAUUAAAAGACAAACUUGUGUCUCAUGACAGUGCUGCUAAAAGAGCUGUAACUACAUUACAGAAUGAGCUGAAAUCUAGAGUUGACCAGAUAACAAAGAUGUAUGAGGAGUGUCUGAAAGAAAAAGACAUGAUGGUUGUCAAAUUUGCAGAAUCAGAAGCUAAAACAAUGGAAGCUAAACAAAUAACAGACAAAAUGGAGACUAAACUCAAAGAAGCCCUGAAGGAAAAAGAAAAUAUGUCUAAUGCAUUGAAAGCAGCAAAGUCAGACAAAGUGAAGGCAGUUUCAAAUUAUGAAAUGAAGUGUGCUGAAGUUAGCAACCUGCAGAGAGAGCUAGAAAAACUGAAGGAAGCUGUAAACUCUACGGAAUACAGAAUCAAAUGGUUCCAGAACAAGCUGAAAGAUGAACUGGAAAAUCAUAAAGAAACAAAGGCUAAUCUAGAAAAGACGACAAUUAAACUGAAAGAGACCAGAGAAGAAACUGAGAUCAUUCGUAAAGAGUGCCAGUCCAUUAUGAAACGAUACCAGGAAUCUGAAGAAAUAAAGUCCAAAAGUCUUGAUAAAGAGCUGAAACUGAAAGAAACAGAGCUGCGAACUCAGAUGCAAGUGAGAAAUGACACUGAAGAGGUUCACCAGAUGAUAAAGCGAGAACUGGAAUCUCUGAAAUCACAGCACAAAGAUGUAGUUGAGGAAAUGAAAACUUAUAAGGAUAAGGUUCAAUGUCUGGAGGAGGAGCGCAGACAGAACCAUCAGAUGAUUGAGAACUAUCAGGAGAUCAUGCAGAGACAGAAGGCUGAAAAUACUGACCUCAAGGCUAGGCUUGCAUCGUUGGCAAAUCUUGAGGAAGAUUACAAGCGUGCACAAGAGAUGAUUCAAACCCUGGACAAGGACAUUUCUGAGCUGAAGAUAGUGAACCGAGACCUCCAGAAGGACGUGGAAUCCUGCAGGGAGAGAGAGUCGAAGAUGCUGACCCUCCAGUCUGAGCUGAGCCGUACAAAUGCCAUCUUGAGAUCGGAGAACACCAGUCUUAGCAAUACGGCCUCAAUGCUGACUGGUGAAGUUGAACAACUAAAAAUGGAAAUUCAAGAACUAGAAACCACAGUGAAUCAUUUGGAGGACAAAUAUCAAGAGGAAAAGGCUAAAAGAAUAGAAGAAGCCAAACAUUUGGAGUCCAGUUUGGCAGAGAAAAUAAAGGAAUGUAAUGACUUCAAGCAGAAGUGGGAAGAUGAAAUUGAUAACAGCAAGACUCUGAAACGACGACAUGCAAACAAUGUCAAGGAUCUGACCCGUCAGCUGCAGCAGUUGAGGAAAAGAAUAGAUACUUUGGAAGGAAAGGGGGAUGUUGGCAGUAUGGGCUCCAGGACUAACUCAAAUGGCAGCUUGAAUUCUAUAGAAAACUCCACACAGCAGCUGGGCACACUUCAUCAGUCACAAGUUCAGGAGUUUCCAGUAAUAACAGAGCAAGUGGAAUUUGACAGGCAAAUUUUGAUUGAGAGAAUCGUUCGCCUGCAGAAGUCACAUGCCCGCAAGAGUGAGAAACUGGAGUUCCUGAGCGAGCAUAUACAACAGUUGUUGGAGGAGAUCAGAAAGAAAAACAAAAUCAUCCAGUCUUAUGCUCUGCGAGAGGAAUCAGGAACAUUAUCAUCAGAAGAUAUGGAUGCCAACAAG